AUGACGUUGCUUAGCCCUCUUCGUCUCUGUCUAUGCCUGUACGGCUUCAGCAUCGUCGCUGCGACGCCUAUGGAUCUGGGUGACCAGCAGUCAUGGCAGGAAUGGAGCUCGUUCUUGGGUCAGAGCCCUCGACAGCGAGCUGAUACGCAGCACACCCCUUCUUCGGUCGACUCUGCCAAUGGACAUCGACAAACUUCACAUGAUGUCGGUACCUUUGCGCAGCCCGGUCCGCCUUACCAACAAAACCUGCAGAGUGGGUGGAGAUACGACCCGGCUGCUUCAGCUAUCGAGCCCCAAGGCAGAUGGGAACACAAUUCGGCAGGACAGCAUCCUCCCAGGCUGAGCAUGGGCUCCAUGGGCUCCUUUGCAUUCGAUCCGCACCUUGCGCACCACGAUGAGCAAGACCUGGCUGACCAGGCUUCCCCAGUGCCUUCACACGUGACCCCCUCGAACCAGGCUGGCUUCGAAGCAGCUUCGUCUUCGGGUGCUGAGGCUUCGGACGACGUGGCAAGCCAGCAAGCAAAACGGCCGGGUCGCACCCUCAAGGACACCUAUCCGUACUCUGCCCGGGCAUGGACUCCCGAAGAGGUCGCCGAGUUUUCCGCACAAGGCUUGUCACUUCGAACCGCGCUCGAGCCGAACUUCUUCUCGCGGCUCCCUUUCCUUCCGCCACCCCCACCCGUACCAUCGAGUAUCGCUCGCCCCAGAUACGUGACGCCUGCCUCGUCCGACGUCCGACAUCUGAUCAACCAACGCAUCUUCAACGGUCGCCUCAAGUGGUUCGAUCCGCUGAGCCUGCCAAUCGACGAACGCACCUUCCGGAGAGCAGGGGUGUUGUACCUUCCCAGCCGCCAGCUUCCCUUUGUGACUGCGCUCCGAACGGACAAUUCGCACUUCGCCGAGCCAGAGAUCAGGAUCACCUUGCACAUCCGAAUCAGGGGCAAGUGGAAGCAGCUCAUAGGCCACGAGCUCGACGGCAAGCUCUUUUAUCAAUUCUGGGGAUUGCCAGAAGGCAACGGUCGAGGGAGGCACCCCAUCCAACACUAUGGGCUCGGGUACGUGAACAGCGCAGAUCUGGACUUGGUCGACCGCCAUCUCCUAACCAUGCAGACGCUUGCGGACGGGGCAAACAGCUUGCGUGCAGUCUAG